UGUCAAAUACCGAAGGCCUCUGCGUUGGCGUCCUGACUUCUGUCGGGGCCCGAGUGUGUUGUCGGAAGUGAAAUGUCAGCUGUGAUGAAGUAACUGAAUUGCCUUUGACGUCCACCCUUUUGAGAAACUUUAACACACACAGCAAUUCUUUUGAUGAGGAAUUCUGGCAGAGAACUACCAUGAUGGAACUGAGCCACAGCCUGACGCUGAAUGAGGAGGCGCUCAAGCAGCUACCCCCUGCCAAGCGACCUAUCUUCAUAUUUGAAUGGCUCCGGUUCUUAGAUAAGGUGCUAGAGGCAGCACACAAAGUUAGAGAUUCAGCAUGGCCCUCCAGCAGUGGACAACCAAAUACGAUGUCUGAUAUUAAAGGAUGCCAAAAGCAGUUAGUUGCUCAGCUGGUUGGGCAGAUGAAUGAAUCUCCAGGGCCACCUACUCGUAAACUGGUAGCACGAUGCCUUGCCACUUUGUUUAGUGUUGGAGACACCUUUCUCUUGUUUGACACCAUCAACAAGUGUAAUGAUGUUCUCAAGAAUAAGGAUGAUUCACCAAGCUACCUUCCAACUAGGUUAGCUGCUGUAACAUGCAUAGGGGCAAUGUAUGAAAAACUAGGUCGAAUGAUGGGACGUUCAUAUGAAGAAACUGUCCAGAUACUCCUUAAAGCUUUACGCAAUGCAGAGUCACAGUUGCGGAUAGAGAUAAUGAUGACUCUAGAGAAAAUCACAGCUGGCAUGGGAACAGCCGCAGGAAAUGUACACAAGGAUAUAUAUAAAGCAGCUAAGAUGGGUCUCACAGAUCGUGCCCUUCCUGUGAGAUGUGCUUCAGCUUUGUGUUUGAUGGAGAUGACCAAACAUGCACCCUUCUUAUAUACAACAGAGAUAGAAAACUUGUCACAGCUUUGCUACCGAGCAUUUGAUAACAGUAAUUAUGAUGUCCGAUGUACAGUUGCCAAACUACUAGGAACUGUAUUAGCAACAACACAGAAUCCCCCAAAGGAAUUUGUGAAAGGAACUAGCAAAGGAGGUCCAUUGAAAUUACUGUCCUUGGAAGAGGCCUUGACAGUUCUUUUAACAGGCUUUCUGCGAGGAGGCAACAGCUUUUUGAAGGGCACUGGAGAGAUGAUAAAAGGCUCCUCUUCAGUGUCAAGGGAAGUUCGAGUAGGGAUUACUCAGGCUUAUGUUGUGCUGGUACAAGAGUUGGGUGCACUUUGGUUGGAACGCAACAUCCCCACACUUCUUGCUCUUCUAACUGAGCUGGUAGCCAGUCCAAAGGCUACUACCUCCCAUGUUGAUGCUGUAUAUUCCCGGAAAUGCAUCAACUUUAUUCUGAGGGCUACGUUAGGUCGCAUGAUUGGUGAGAAGGCACAGAUUGCAGCUUGCAAGGAGAUCACACAGCUUAUUAUUAAGCAUAUGAAUACUGUUGAUGUAAGUGGUGAGAGCACCAAGGAUGGUAAUGAAGGAGGACAGCAUGUUUUGGUGUGUCUCCUACAGGAGCUAGGUAGCCUCAUGCAGUCUCUCAGCACCACCUGUGCUACCAUUGUUCUAGAUACUCAUCUAAACUUAGUGGAUGCUGUAGUUGCAGUCUUAUUGCAUCCAAGUAGUGCUGCAAGGCUAAGCGCUUCUUGGUGUCUCAGGUGCAUUUGUAUUGCUCUACCUUCGCAGUUACACCCUCUCAUAUCUCGCUGUUGUGACCGCUUGGAUACCCUCAAGUCUUCACCAGAAGCAAUUGCUGGAUAUAGUUGUGUGGUCUCUGCACUUGUUGGCUGUGUGCAGAAGACACCCCUUGGCAUUCCUCACAUGCGUGGCAAAGUGCUUUUCAAUAUUGCUGAGGAGUUGUUGAGAUCAGCAAGUCAGAAUUCUCGAUUAUCAUUACAGCGUACACAAGCAGGAUGGCUCAUCAUUGGUUCUAUAAUGACUCUAGGCAUAGGUGUUGUAAGGGGUUUGCUACCACGAAUGUUGCUGCUGUGGAAGAACUCCUUCCCCAGGUCUAGUAAAGAAAUUGAAAGUGAAAAGGCAAGAGGAGAUGCCUUUACUUGGCAGGUGACACUUGAAGGACGAGCAGGAGCCCUAGCAUCCAUGCACAGCUUCUUGCUUCACUGCUCAGAUCUCGCAGCCGAAGACACUGUGCGCAGACUUCUCCUUCCCAUUGAAGCUGCUCUCCUCAUGCUGUCCAGUAUAACACACAUUGUCAAGCAGUAUGGCCAACACCUCAAGGCAUCUACAGCCAUGGUGCGUUUGCGACUUUAUGAAGUACUGGCACUCCUUCCUCCUCAGUCAUUUGAAAGUCACUAUACAAGUAUCUUGAAACUCCUGGUGAGUGAGUUUACACUGGCAGAAAGUGGUGCCAACACCACAACUUCCCUUCUCCGUACCAUGUGUCAUGCGGAUGACUCAAUCAUCCUGGGAACUUGGCUGCACCAUACUCACCAUAAGGCCAUAGAAGAUCAGCUUCAAGCAAACAGUGCCAGUGGAUCAGGGGCCCUGGAACACGAUUCCACCUUUUUGUAUAGGCCGCUACCAGAAGGCGAGUCAGUUGCUGGUCCACUGCCUCUUGGGGUUGCAGUGAUUGAUGCAUCAGUUAUACUUUUUGGACAGAUGUUUCCAUUAGUUGCUAAUAAGCAUCGCUUGAAGAUGCUGAAUCUGUUUGGAGAUAUGAUUCGUGCAGCAAAGAGCCAGCGCCAAGAAGCUGUCCAGAUGAAUAUAUUUACAGCUGUCUUAAGUGCACUAAAGGGAUUGAGUGAUAACAAGGCAUCAUUUGGUCAAGAUGAUGUGAAGAAAGCAGCAACUUCUCUUUUGCUGGGAGGUUUAACACACCCCAACUCAACACUGAGAUGUGCAUCUGGUGAAGCCAUUGGGCGCAUGGCCCAGGUUGUAGGAGAUCCCAGAUUUGUGGCUGAAAUGGCACAGAACAGUUUUGAUAAACUGAAGAGUGCCCGUGAUGCUGUCAGUCGAACUGGCCACUCACUAGCACUUGGUUGUUUACACCGAUAUGUAGGUGGUAUGGGAUCAGGCCAGCAUCUCAGCACCUCCAUAAGCAUCUUGUUGGCACUUGCAAAGGACACUACAUCUCCUGUUGUGCAGGUUUGGGCACUACAUGCACUGUCCAUGAUAGCAGAUUCUGGAGGUCCAAUGUUCCGUUCCUAUGUUGAGCCAUCCCUCGCUCUGCUCCUAGAACUCCUGCUCACUGUCCCGCUCCACACGGCUGAGGUUCACCAGUGUAUUGGGAAAUGUCUUCAGGCUCUUAUUACAACCGUUGGCCCGGAGCUUCAAGGUACAAGCAGCAGUGUGGUGAUGGUGCGAUGGUCUCUCCUGUGUGGAUGUGAGCUGGUGCAAGAACACCCAGACCCUCUAGUACAAGCAGAAGCCAUUGCUUGCCUUCAACAAAUGCACAUGUUUGCCCCAAGACAUGUUAAUCUGUCUUCCCUUGUUCCUAUGCUUGUGAGAAAGCUGAGUUGCAACCAUCUCCUACUGCGCCGGUCAGCAGUGUCUUGCCUGAGGCAGCUGUCACAGAGGGAAGCCUGGGAAGUGUGUGAGCAUGCACUGAGUCUGGUACAAGGAAAUGAAGAUUCUGAUCAAGGACUGAUGAUGACAGAAACUGGCCUCCCUGGUGUUCUGUUUGGGCUCCUGGACACUGAAACAGACUGUGUACUUGUAAGAAAUGUGCAUCACACUUUGACAUCAACAUUGCAAGCUCUAGCAACCUCUCACCUCAACCUGUGGCUAACACUAUGUAGAGAAGUCCUCACCAGUGCAUCAGAAAGUGGGUCAGGUGAAGAGACAGGAGAAGCAGGUGAUGGUGGAGAUGAUGAUGACAUGGUACAGAUCCAUACUGGGGGAGAGCCAGACCCCCAUCCAAGCAUCCCCCCACGGUGGACCACAAGGGUGUUUGCUGCUCAGUGCAUUGCCAAGAUCAUACAGGAGUGUGAGAAUAAUCGUGCCCACUUCGAUUUAGCUCUUGCCAGGGAGAUGCAGACCACCAAGAUGAAGGGAGAUUACUUGGUAUUGCACUUGAGUGAAUUAGUACGCAUGGGCUUCAUGGGUGCAACGAGUGAUAGCGAUGACUUGCGGCUAGAGGGCCUGCACAUUUUACACCUUGUUAUUGAUAAAUUUGCCCACAUUCCGGAACCUGAAUUUCCAGGCCAUGUAAUACUUGAACAGUAUCAAGCUCAGGUGGGGGCAGCCCUACGUCCUGCUUUUGCCCCUGAGACUGCUUCUCAUGUAACAGCUCGAGCUUGUGAGGUAUGCAGUGCCUGGAUCUGCUCUGGUGUGGCCAGAGAUUUGAAUGACCUGCGCCGUGUCCAUCAGCUUCUAGUGUCUUCCUUGGCCAAGUUGAAUAAGGGUAAUACCAAGGGGCUGUACAAUGAAAGUGCUGCCACGUUGGAGAAGCUUGCUAUACUCAAAGCCUGGGCAGAGGUGUAUGCUGUGGCUUUGAAAGGUGCAGAUGGUGGGGAGCAAAAUGAAAAUGGUGAGGAUGAAAGACCAGAAGCUGAGACUGUUACACAGUCAUCUGAAGAAAGCCUAUUGAGCUUAGUGCAGCCAGAGCUUGUGGCUUUGUCCAAGUCCUGGCUGGCAGCACUGAAGGAUCAUGCACUGCUCUCUUUACCUCCAGAAUUUUCUAGUCAGCUGCCUCAUGAUGGAGGGGCAUUCUACUCAAAUGAAAGUGUGGAUGGAGUGCGACCCUAUUACCGGAGUGCCUGGCCCCCCAUGCUUUAUGCUGCUGCCCUUUGGCUCAGUUCUGGAGGUUUUGACAAGGCUGGAGAAGAGGAAGUGAAUGGCACUGAUGAUAAUCCUACCUCUGUUAACAUUACAUCACCCACCAAAACACCUACAAAGAGUGCAGAAGUCAUUAAUACUGAUCGCUUUUACCUGCUUUUAGGUAUAUGUCUAGAGUGGUUAUGUAGCCCCAUUCAUAGUGACGACCCAGACCGCAGCAUUGUGUGCCUGAAGUCGCUUGAAACAUUGUUGUCUUCCCCAUUUCCAAUGAAGCUUGUGGGCCCCAACAGCAGCUUAACAACAGAAAUUGCAACGGUGAUGCACAGGCAAGUCUUGAGUUCAGACCACACAGAAGUACACCAGUUAGCAGUAACUGUUGUCUCUCUUGUGGUGAAAGCUGCCCAACAGGCUCUGGAUGAGGAGAAAAGGAAGAAGAAAAAACACAAAGAUGAAAAGCCAGCUAAUCAGGAGUGUGAAGGAUGUGAAGCUGACCUAUUGGGAGAAGGCAAAGAAUCAGGGGAGAUUAACAGUGCCCAGUCCCUGGUGUUCACCGCUUUGCAGGUAUGUCUGUGUACCCUUGUCCGUCAUAAACCAAGACUGGCACCACAAGUUGUGUCUUCAGCGCCAUCACUGCUGGCUCCACCACGGCACCAUGCCAAAAGUCACCAAGUGGAUGCUCUUCUCUCAUCUACAGUGACUCUUCUAACAGCACUGCCAAACCUGUGCUCUCCUGCAGGAGGAGUAGCCAUCUUACCCACAGUGUUGUACCUGAUAACUGGGGUUCUGAAAGAGUGUGGGAGCAAGGCCCGCCUUAGCCACAUCUCACAUCCCACUCCAGUGCCAAUGGUAGUGGUACUCGAUGCCUUGGCCACCCUCGCUCGACACCCUUACGCUCGAGACCACAGAUCACAAGACCAGUGGUGCAGUCUGCUGCAGUCUGCCCUGGCAAAUAUUAUAGAUCUGAGUAAGACCAGUGACGAUGAGAGAGUGAUAGAUGAAGUGGUUGUGCUGAGAGGUAUUGCGCAACUAAUCCUUCAUGCCCCAGCAUCGGUCAGCAGACCUCACAAUCUCCAGUAUCCUGCCAUAAACUUAUUCAAGAUGGCUACCCAGCACCAGCAACUUAAUGUUCGCAUUCAGUGUAUACAAACCCUAGAGUCAAUCUUCAGCCACACAGAUGGUGAAGUGUCCACCCCUUACAUUCAUGCUCUUGCUCCUCGCUUACUGGAAUACCUACAUGAGUCUCAUGCCAAUGUCAGCUCAGAAGAGGAACUGCAGCUGAUCACAGAGAGUAUUAGUGCGAUGGAGCUCCUUAUUCCAAGAACAUUGCCUGAGCACAGAAAUGAACUGGUUGGGGUGUUAGUGGGCAUAAUGGUUGGAGCUUUGCAAGACACCAAUAGACUGAGCAGCGUCAGUCAGCACACACGUCAGCUGCAUCAGUAUGCCCUUAGCAGACUCCAGAAGAUUGGCCCACAGUAUCCUCAGGAGUUCCGUGCAGUGUUGACAAGCAAGCCAGAGCUGCGUCUGAGGCUAGAGAGUGCAGUGCGCAGCCAGCAGGAAGCAAGGAGCAAAGCGGACAACAACGCAUCUCAGGACACAAUGCAUCACCAGCCGACCAUUAAACUAAAAACCGAUUUCUCAAAUUUUGCGUCAAAGACAUAGUAUACAUUUUCCAGAUUGGGAGGCUUUUCUUACAAUUCCUUGUCACAACUUAAUGAGUAAAUGAUGAAAGGAAAGGCUACAUAUUUCAAACUUGAUUGGCAUUAAGACUAUUAUUUAUUAUUAUUACUGGUUUAUAAUGGGUAAGAUGUGUAUUUUUUGAUUAUCUGAUUCCAGUAAGUGUAUAUUUAUCAUACAAAGCAUCAUGAUAAGAAGAGGCAGAAUCCCUUUUAAGAACUCUGAAUGUCUAGACUGACUCUCACUGUUUUAAUUUAUUCUUUUAUCUUUUUUGCUUUUUAGGCUUUACUUUUUCGUAUUUUAUUGAUUACAAAUUUGAGGUUUUUAUAGAGCUGUGCCAGAAGUUUUGCUUGUAGUGUAUUGUUUUAUGUAACCAAAGAUUGCAUUUUUAUAUAGUCGUAUUUUUUAUGCUACAAUUUUUAUUGUAUUUAGCUUGUUCAAAAUAAGAAAAUGAACACUCACACAGUCACAUAGUGACACUCAUUCAUGGGUACACUCACA